AAUCGAUGUCCUAGAAUUUCUCUGCACAAAAGGUUUACACCGUUUGGUCCGUAUAUUCAAGACUCCACCCGCCUUUGUUGACGGAACAAGCGAACACAAUCAAACAACGCUCUAGAAACUGUUUAACGGAGUCAACUUAACAGACGGCUAAGUUGCCCCUAUAAAUAUCACCCAAACAAAUUCUCUUUGAAAUUUCCGUACAUAGCGUUAGAGAGAGAGAGAUUUUAUUACAAAGGAGGAGUUUAUCUUGCAGUUUGAGUUCGGGAGAGGGAGAGGGAGAGAGAGAGAUUUUAUUACAAGGAGUAGUUAUCUUGCAGUUUGAAUUCGAUCGAGAGAGAGGGAGAGGGGGAGAGAGAUUUUUAAAAAUCAAGUAGUUAUUUCUGCAGUUUGAGUUGGGGAGUUGUUGCCAUUUGGAAGAGAGCCUGUCUCUCUGUAUAUAACUAAAUAUAUUUCAUUUUUAUACAUUUAUUGUUAGAUUUUUGGAAGUACUGCUUGUGUAUAUAUACAAAUGGCUUGGAAGGACAUGUUUUCGAUUUCAAAGUUCAGAGAAGCAUUUCAGGGCAGGACAAGGGAGGUUGAGCUUGGUAUGCAUACUAUCCGGUCUCAUGGAACUACAGUUGCAAGGAGUCAUAAGCAUGACUGGUUUAUCUUGCUAUUACUUGUGAUCAUAGAGAUCAUCCUAAAUAUCAUACACCCAUUCUAUCGUUUUGUUGGGAAGGAUAUGAUGUCUGAUCUUAAGUAUCCAAUGAAGGACAACACGGUGCCUAUAUGGGCUGUUGGGGUGUAUGCAGUUUUAUUGCCUAUUAUUAUUUUCAACCUCUUCUAUAUCUGGAGAAGAAGUGUGUAUGACCUGCACCACAGUAUCCUAGGCCUCUUAUUCGCAGUACUCAUAACUGGCAUCCUUACAGAUUCAAUAAAGCUUGCAGUUGGCCGGCCUCGGCCUGAUUUCUUCUGGCGCUGCUUUCCUGAUGGCAAAGAUGUGUAUGACCAAUUCAGCAAUGUUGUAUGUCAUGGUAAAACACAUGAGAUGAGGGAAGGACAUAAGAGUUUUCCAAGUGGCCAUACUUCAUGGUCCUUUGCAGGAUUGGGAUUUCUCUCUUUGUACUUAGCUGGGAAAAUUAGAGCAUUCGACCGCAAGGGACAUAUCGCAAAACUUUGUAUCGUCUAUCUUCCUCUCCUUGCUGCAGCCCUUGUUGGUGUAUCUCGGGUGGAUGACUAUCGACACCAUUGGCAGGACGUCUUUGCUGGGGGGCUCCUGGGACUCGUCGUGGCAACAAUCUGUUAUCUUCAGUUCUUCCCACCACCAUAUCACACUGAUGGCUGGGGUCCUUACGCACAUUUUGAUGCUCUAGACGAGACACGUUCUAGUUCGCUCCCAGCACCUCCGGUAAAUGGCUUUCCUAUGCAUGUGAUGCAGUCUCAGUCUGCAAGGAACUCUGAGUUUGUCACAGUACCUUUAGGCCAAAACUCAAGCUCGACGCUGAGAGAUGUAGAAGCUGGCAGAAUGUAGAAGUUUUACACGGCUAUUGGUAUCUCUAUCUAUCUGGCAAAUAUAUCUAGCUGUGGUAGAGGGCCUAGAGGCUCUCUGUACAUAUUUCACUUUAUAGUUCUUUCCGGGAAGCUGUAGUGCUAUGAGUUUUUUGAUAUGACCAUGUUGAGAGAGAUGUUCUAGAGCGGUUUGACACUUAAUGUGAUUGACGGGUGUAUUCGAUUAAAAUUUUAAUGGAUUUUAUAUAAUAUAUGUUUAAUGUAUUGUAUAUGAUUUUGAUCUUAA